CAGAGCAGCGAAGGAUGCUUUGUGGGAAAUGAGUACGGCAACAGGAGAAGAUGCAAACUUGUGUCACAAGGCAAUCCACAUUGUUAAAGAUCUUUGCAAGAAGCAAGUGGCCGACUUGGAACAGAGAACUUGCACUGAGUUUCUUUUGCUGUUGCCUUCAGACCAAAAGCUGCAUAUAACUGAGCCAGACCUGUCCGUCAGCCUCCUUGCAGUGAUUGUUAUUGUGUGUGGCCUGGCCCUGGUGGCAGUUUUUCUCUUUCUCUUUUGGAAGCUGUGGUGGGUGCCCUGGAGGAACAAGGCAGUGUCAUCUAAUUCGGCAUCAACAGGGCAGAACAUGUCAACCUUCACAGCGUUCCCCAGUGAAAAGGAAGCCAUGGCAGACAAGCUGAAGGAUGCAAGCAACUUGGGCUUCUUGGAAGCAGCUGUUAAGAUCAGCCACACCUCACCAGAUAUACCAGCAGAGGUCCAGAUGUCCAUGAAAGAACACAUCAUGAGACGCACAAGGAUACAGAGGCAGGCAACUGAGCCAGCAUCUUCUACCAGGCACAUCUCUUUCAAGAGGCAUUUGCCCCGUCAGAUGCAAGUGUGCAGUGUGGAUUUUGGUACUGACACCUUACAAGUGAGUGAACAGCCAACCAGCAUUGGAAGGAUUAAACCGGAAUUGUACAAACAGAAAUCAGUAGAUUUAGAAGAUGGCAAAAAGGAAGACACCAAGACAUGCGGAAAGAUCAACUUUACCCUCAAGUACGACUAUGAGAAUGAAACUCUCAUAGUAAAAAUUCUAAAAGCUUUUGAUCUCCCUGCCAAGGACUUCUGUGGAAGCUCUGAUCCCUAUGUGAAGAUUUACCUGCUCCCUGACCGAAAGAGAAAAUUUCAAACCCGGGUUCAUCGAAAGACUCUUAACCCAACAUUUGAUGAAUCAUUCAAUUUCCCUGUUCCAUACGAUGAACUCCCUAGUCGAAAACUUCACCUCAGUGUAUUUGAUUUUGAUAGAUUUUCCCGGCAUGACAUGAUAGGGGAAGUCAUUUUGGAAAAUUUGUUUGAGGUGUCAGAUUUGUCAAGGGAGUCUUCCAUCUGGAAAGAUAUUCAGUAUGCCACCACGGAAAGUGUGGACCUUGGAGAAAUCAUGUUCUCUCUGUGUUAUCUACCUACUGCCGGACGCUUGACCUUAACAGUAAUAAAAUGUAGGAACCUAAAAGCAAUGGAUAUUACUGGUUACUCAGACCCAUAUGUAAAGGUGUCCCUCCUUUGUGAUGGCCGCAGGCUCAAAAAGAAGAAAACCACCAUUAAAAGAAAUACCUUGAACCCUAUAUAUAAUGAGGCCAUCAUCUUUGAUAUCCCACCUGAGAGCAUGGACCAAGUCAGUCUUCUGAUUUCCAUCAUGGAUUAUGAUAGGGUUGGACACAAUGAAAUUAUUGGAGUAUGCAGAGUAGGUAACAGCACAGAAGGACUUGGAAGAGACCAUUGGAAUGAAAUGCUGGCAUAUCCACGGAAGCCUAUAACCCAUUGGCAUCCAUUGGUGGAAAUGAAGAAGUCAUUCAAAGAGUGGCAGGGCCGAGCUGCUAGCUUUGAUAGCCAGGGGUCAUGCCCCUCCCCGAAGCCUCCACCAACUCCUUGAAAUUACCAGCUGUCUGCAAAUGAAGUUUUGUAACAACUUUUCAAGUCUUGUUCAAGAACCUGGCUGAAGAGCUCUCAACUCUUCAAUAGCUGGUCAUCAAACCUGAAAAGUCAGGUGGACUUAAUUGAGUUCAAGUCGAAAACAGGACAAGUAUAUAAGUGGUUUGGUUUUGUCUUGGUCUGGUGUCUCCUAAGUAUGUUAUACUAUGGUGUUGUUAUCAUUUAACUCCUUACUUGGACUAAGAACUACUAGGGCAGACUGACCAAUUUCAGCAUCUGAGAAAAGGGGUACAGUUUUACUAUAAGAACUAUUUAUUGUUAUUGGACAAUGAAUGUACAUUGAAGUGUUCUUCUU